AAAAAGUCAAACCAUUCGAAACGCACCCCAAUUGCCCUAUGGGACGUGACCUUUGACCACUUGCGUGUUGGUUACGAAUUCGGCUUCACUCCUCGCUCGGCCCUCUUCCGCUUUUCCCAUUCGCCCAGAGCACACCCCUUCAACAACACACGAAUUCACGGACAGAAAGAGGACAACACCCCAGAAGUUUAAAAACAUAAUUUUAAAACAAAGGGAAAAAAAAAUACCAAAGUGGGAAUUUGACCUAGCCCAUUCCAACCCGUCCCGGAACGACCACGCAGAUCCAGGCACAGCCCAAGUCGUCCCUCCCCCCAUUCUAAGAAUAUCAUCGUUUCACUCCUCUGGUCAACGACCCAUUCCUUUUAAAACACCCGGCAUACCCUCCCGACACUUGGUCCCUUUUCUCCUCUUUUCUUCUUUUUCAAGAUGUCAUCUGCCGCCCAAGAAGAAUUCAAUCAACUCCUUCAGAACAAUCGAGACCGGUUCUCGACUCACCCUGAAGACCGAGAUAAUCAUUCUGAUCGAGACGACUCCGAUCAAUCCUCCGACGAUAACGAUCACGAAGACCACAACCGCCCUCAUUUCUCCGACGCAGACGACGACGACGACGACGACGACGACAUCCACAGAACCUCUGCCAUGCACUCCCGCAACACCAGUACCUACAAGAUCCCCAAUGCCACCUACGAUGCCAACACAGGCCCCAAGGGUGUCAUUGCCGACGCCCAGGCCUUCGAGCGCGCCCGCAAAUCCUCCUUCCGCCGCACCCUGUUGAGCGUCGCCGGCAUUGACCGACCCCACUACUCGAUGAAGGCCACCACGGACGACGCCACGCUGCUGCACAACUCCUCCCCGCCUGACGGGUCCUCGGGCAGCGACGACGAGGAGCGGUUUCUGCGCCAGUGGCGCACCUCGCGCAUGCAGGAGAUGCAGGCCCGUACGCUUCGCAAGCCCAGUCCUCGCCGCCGGUUGUAUGGGUCCGUCGACCACGUGGAUGCCGUUGGGUAUCUGGAUGCCAUUGAGAAGGUCACUUCGGGGACGGUGGUGGUCGUUUGCCUGUAUGAUCCGGAGUCCACGCCCAGUGCCCUCGUCGAAGACUGCCUGAACACCAUCGCUCGCCGCCAACCCACCGUUCACUUCAUCAAGCUGCACCACGAAAUCGCGGAGAUGGAUAACAUCGAGGCCCCGGCGUUGCUGGCGUACCGCGACGGGGAUGUCUUCGCCACGAUCGUCGAGAUCAUGCGCCAGAUUCCCAAGGGGCGGAGUCUGAGUGCCGACAGUCUGGAGGACUUGUUGAAGAUGCACCGCAUCCUCUAAAGCAACACCAUGAAUCUCAAUCUGACGAUCAAUCCCGAUCCACGUUCACGCUACGCUGCACAUGUCCUCUCUCAUUAAUUCUCCAUCUCAAUCUAAACCUCGACACAGCCACCUCUGUUCUCC